CAAAUGCCACAUUUCCGUCACGUCAACACAAUUUUAUUCAAAAUUAUGAUGAACAAAAUCAAACGAUCAACGUCAAAAAUCCCUGAUUCCGACUCCUUGGCCUCGUUUUUCGUCCCAUGGCACAAAAACCGAGCCCCUCCUAUAUACCCCAACGCCCAAACCGGACACAUAAUCAGCACAUCCGAAUUUUUACUUUUCUUCGCAGGUGUCUUACUUCUGGUCUUAAGUCUGGGUUUAGUUGGGGUCUCCACCUGGUCCCUCUUGUCCAAAAACCGAUACACUUUCGUUGACUUUUCCACAGAAUUGGCCUAUUUUGCCCUCCCCGUCUCAUUUUUCUGUAUACUGUGUUUCUGGAUAGUCCUUUCGGUCCACAAUGACAAAAAAUCGUACAAAUACCUGUCGUUGGUUUUGAUUUUGUUAACCUUCUCGACCGUCUUGUUAGUAAUAGGAGUUUACAUCGGAUUUACACACAAGUUGCAUUUGAAGUCGAGUCAAAUUGAUUCCAGCCUGGUUUUAGCCGAGUUUCGCGAAACUAUGAAAGGAUCAAUGAACAAAACAGCAAUUUGGGAUGACAUCCAAACGAAAUUGGGAUGCUGUGGAGUUGAUAAUUACACCGAUUGGUUGCCGGUUAUUCAGCGAAUUCCGGAAUCGUGUUGCCGGAGAAAGGCCGCAAGUUGCCGUGAUAAUUCCACGUCCUCGACAGGUUGUUUAAAAAUAAUAACAGCGACUUUAGCCUUGCAAACGUGCCUGUUUAGCGGAAUCAAUUGCGUGGCAUUGUUCAUACAAUUUUGCGCUUUCGUUAUUUUAGCCACUGCGUAUUUUUGUGACAAAUAUCGACAGGAUUAAGGUUCAGGUUUCAAUAAAACGUGUUUUGAUAUUUACAAUUGUAUAUUUAUAAAAUGUGCGACGUCAUCACUGCAUACAAUUAAUAAAAUAAAUAGUUGAAAAAAAUUGAGUAAUUUAUUUCGAGCUGAAACAUGAAUUAAAUGCAACCGUAUCACAACAACCAAUAAAAACGUAAUUACGAAACAACC